UGCCGGUGAACCCGUGAGCCGCCCUAAUGUACAGCAUGAUGAUGGAGACCGACCUGCACUCGCCUGGCGGCGCCCAGGCCCCCACGAACUUGUCAGGCCCGGCCGGGGUGGGCGGCGGUGGGGGUGGCGGCGGCGGCGGCGGUGGCGGCGCCAAGGCCAACCAGGACCGGGUCAAGCGGCCCAUGAACGCCUUCAUGGUGUGGUCCCGCGGGCAGCGGCGCAAGAUGGCCCAGGAGAACCCCAAGAUGCACAACUCGGAGAUAAGCAAGCGCCUGGGCGCCGAGUGGAAGGUCAUGUCCGAGGCCGAGAAGCGGCCGUUCAUCGACGAGGCCAAGCGGCUGCGCGCGCUACACAUGAAAGAGCACCCGGAUUACAAGUACCGGCCACGCCGCAAGACUAAGACACUACUCAAGAAGGACAAGUACUCGCUGGCCGGUGGACUGCUGGCAGCCGGCGCCGGCGCUGGCGGCGCGGCCGUGGCCAUGGGCGUAGGAGUGGGCGCUGCGGCCGUGGGUCAGCGCCUCGAGAGUCCCGGUGGUGCAGCGGGAGGCGGCUACGCGCACGUCAACGGCUGGGCCAACGGCGCCUACCCCGGCUCGGUGGCAGCGGCAGCCGCGGCCGCAGCCAUGAUGCAGGAGGCGCAGCUGGCCUACGGGCAGCACCCGGGCGCGGGCAGCUCGCACCCGCACGCGCAUCCAGCGCAUCCGCACCCGCACCACCCGCACGCGCACCCGCACAACCCGCAGCCCAUGCACCGCUACGACAUGGGCGCACUGCAGUACAGCCCCAUCUCCAACUCACAGGGCUACAUGAGCGCCUCGCCCUCGGGCUACGGCGGCCUCCCCUACGGCGCCGCGGCCGCCGCAGCCGCAGCGGGCGGCGCGCACCAGAACUCCGCCGUGGCAGCUGCGGCGGCCGCGGCGGCCGCGUCGUCGGGCGCCCUGGGCGCGCUCGGCUCUCUCGUCAAGUCGGAGCCUAGCGGCAGCCCGCCAGCCCCAGCGCAUUCGCGGGCACCGUGUCCCGGGGACCUGCGUGAGAUGAUCAGCAUGUACUUGCCGGCCGGUGAGGGCGGCGACCCGGCGGCUGCAGCAGCCGCCGCGGCGCAGAGCCGACUGCACUCGCUGCCACAGCACUACCAGGGCGCGGGCGCGGGCGUCAACGGCACGGUUCCCCUGACGCACAUCUAGGGACUCUAGGGGAAAGGCGGCCCGCGCCGGCGCCGAAAGAACUGGAGCAGGUGGCCCGCCCCGGGCACCCGGCCUCGCCCAGCACGGCCUUGCUUUUGUAUAGACGUUUCCACACUCUUGUAAAAAGGAAAACACUGGUGACGAACACUAGGUGACACAUACCCCCUGCCCCCGAUUCGCUUUCCUGGGAGUUUCUGGCGACCUCUAGAAGUGGACACAGUCGUGCGUUUUAGACUGAACUUCGGCGUUUUCUUGAGACUUUUUGUACAGUAUUUAUCACCCACAGAGACAGAAAGCCUUUCUUUGCUCGAGAGGACACAAAGACCAAGCAAGAGGCGACUCCAACUUUCCUACUCCGCCGGCGCGCUCACUCUCAUCCCGCAUCGCUUCCUGAUGGCGUUUAGUUGCCGGGGACCCAGUGCCGGAAGCUGUUCUCAUUUGUUAUCGAUGUAGUAAGGCAGAUCCAAACACAAGUUUUUUUGUAGUUGUUACCGUUUGCAGGGUGGGGGGGGGUUGUUAAUUUAUACAAAGAAUGCCCCCAUCCCUUUCUGACGGCAGCGUUAUAUUCUGGGUUUUGUAAAACUUUUCUGUAUCUGAGCUUUUCCAUUUUUCUUGUUUUGUAAUUAUUUCUUGUAAAUGCUUUGUGAAAUUUUUAUUUUAGGCGUUUCGGCGUGGGGAAGGGUAUUAAGAUUAUGUAUAUAGUUUCCUAAAAAGUCUGUCUUUUUCAUGUAGAAACACGGAAAAGAUACCCCCCUUUCAAACUGCAUCGAGUUUUGAGUUAAUAAAUUUAAGAGAGAAAAAACUCGUUUUCCCCAUAAAUUUGAAACGUGCUAAUUUUAUAUGCAUGUUUUAUGAGCUCAAAAUACAGUUAGUAAAUCUGACGAAGGAGAAAUUAUCAGCAUGCACUAAAAAUGACGGGACCCCAGGGGAGAGAGUACCAUUUUCACGGGGCUUCAUUCAGUGGGAGAUAAGGAAGCUAAAAUCAAUAGAUUAUUUUGUAGAGUUCACAGUAUUAAAACAGAAUAGGAAAUAAUUACCAAAAAACCCAUUUUAUAUUCUGGCCCUUUGGUGUGUUUUUAUUUCUGGCUGGCCCGGCGAGUGUUUUGAUUCCUUGCUGUGGGCUUUGCAUCCUCUCGCUGGCCCCUGUCUGUGUUGCCAGGAGAGAAGACCCCAAUGGCGGGACCAGGCCAAGGUUGGAUGACAAAAGACCACGGCAGGGGAACCGGUGGCCCCUAUUUGCUGCAACUAAAAAGAUUACAGGUGAAAUUUAGAUUUGGCUCUAGGAAACACAAUCUCUGAACCAAAUGUACGGCAACUGAGCCCCCUGGGUCCCUCUUCAGCCCCUUCCUCUGGCUUAUUUCUUCUUGGGAAACAGCAAAAUAAUUUUGUUGGAUUUUCUCUCUCUCUCUCUCUCACACACACACACACACACACAAUUGGCCCACUCCCCCAACCUCGCCUUGAACUGGGAUGCAAGUUGCUAACCUGUGUGAACACAAAAUGCAGUGUUUAUUAUUCCUGAUGAGAUCUGAGGUUGUUUGAUGCUUUAAAUUUUUUAAUUAUAUUUUUUCUAGGUGUUUAUUGGUACAUUGCAGGGGUUUUUUUUCUGGAAUUUAAAGUUUUCUGUAAAACUUUGUCUUCAAGUAAUCUGACAGCAUUAAAUAUUGCAUUUAAAAGUUAUACUGUAGCAAAUACAUUUUGAAAUUAGUCACAACAUAAAAGUGAAAAGAGAAACCUUUAGCCUAGAUAAAAAUAUGUUGAUUUCAUCAACCCCCUCAUUAUCUCAACAUCUUUUCUUGUUCUGGAAUGAGUGUAGACUAUCCAUUCAAAAAUAGGUGGUGGGUUAAUGAGAACCAAACUGAGCCUGCAUUCGAGCAUCGUUUUAAGUAAAAUGCUAACCUAACAAUUGGCAUGUGUAAGUUUUUGGAGUCAUUCUGAUAUUUUUGCUUAAACCAUGUAUUUCCUUAAAGUGAUUGCAAAUUUUUCAACUAAGAUGUUGACCGUUUCUUCCAAACAAGAUAAUAAAGCCCCCUGCUCCCCGCUU